ACACUCUUUGCAGCAGCAGCAGCAGCAGAAGCAGCAGAAGCAAACAACUAUUUAGUCGUGUCUCGUGUGUAUGACCUUUCCGCGAAGCCUACGGUCACUCAUGCCCUUUUCCCACUCCCUCUCUCUCUCUCUCUCUCUUAGAUUCUUCACCUUUUCUCUCUCCUAGUCCCAUCUUCGAUUCCUCACACCCUCUCUCUCUCUCUCUCUCUCUAUGGAUGGUAUAUAAUAAAAAUAAUAAUAAUUCUACUCUUCUUAUUAAACCUUCAAUACUCUCUUCUUUCUCUAUCCCUCUCUCUAAUGGCUUCUCAAAACCAGUUAUCUUACAUUAAGGGCAAGAAAGUCCUUAUGGUUGGUGCUGGCGGUAUCGGUUGCGAGCUUCUCAAGACUCUCGCUCUCUCUGGCUUCCAAGACAUUCAUAUUAUUGACAUGGACACUAUUGAAGUCAGCAACCUUAACAGACAAUUUCUAUUCCGAAAAUCACAUGUUGGGCAAUCCAAGGCCAAAGUUGCUCGGGAUGCUGUCUUAAAAUUUAGACCUCACAUAAGCAUAACGCCAUACCAUGCCAAUGUCAAGGGUCCUGACUUUAAUGUGGACUUCUUCAAGCAAUUUAAUGUUGUUCUGAACGGCCUUGACAACUUAGAUGCAAGACGACAUGUGAAUCGCCUAUGCUUGGCUGCUGAAGUUCCUUUGGUUGAAAGUGGGACUACUGGCUUCCUUGGGCAGGUAACUGUACAUGUGAAGGGAAGAACAGAGUGCUAUGAGUGUCAGCCAAAACCUGCCCCCAAAACUUAUCCUGUUUGCACUAUUACUAGUACACCAUCAAAGUUUGUUCACUGUAUUGUAUGGGCAAAGGACUUACUUUUCACAAAGUUAUUUGGAGACAAAAAUCAGGAAAAUGAUUUAAAUGUGCGUUCUACUGAUGCUACGAGCUCAUCAGAACAUGUAGAAGAUGUAUUUGAACGUAGAAAAGAUGAAGACAUUGAACAGUAUGGAAGGAGAAUAUAUGAUCAUGUGUUUGGUUAUAACAUUGAAGAAGCUUUAUCUAAUGAAGAGACAUGGAAAAACCGUAAUAGACCAAAGCCUAUAUAUAGUAGGGAUUUCUUGCAUGAUGAAAUUGCUCAACAGAAUGGAAAUGUGGAUAAAGACUGUGCAGCAGGUGAUCCAUCUUCAGUAUCUGCCAUGGCAUCUCUGGGCAUGAAGAAUCCUCAGGAUAUAUGGUGCCUUAAGGAAAACAGUAGAAUCUUUAUGGAGGCUUUCAAAUUAUUUUUCAUGAAAAGGGAGAAGGAUAUUGGAAACCUGACUUUUGACAAAGAUGAUCAGUUGGCUGUGGAGUUUGUUACUGCUGCUGCAAAUAUAAGGGCUUCUUCUUUUGGAAUCCCUUUGCAUAGCCUUUUUGAAGCCAAAGGUAUUGCUGGUAAUAUUGUCCAUGCUGUUGCAACAACAAAUGCUAUAAUUGCUGGGUUGAUUGUGAUAGAGGCAAUCAAGGUGCUGCAAAAUGAUACCAACAAUUAUAGGAUGACAUAUUGUCUAGAGCAUCCGACAAGGAAGAUGCUACUGAUGCCAGUGGAACCAUUUGAAGCUAACAAAUCUUGCUACGUUUGUUCUGAGAGUCCACUGACGCUUGAGAUCAAUACUCACCGUGCAAAAUUGCGAGACUUCGUUGAAAAGAUUGUUAAGGCCAAGCUUGGGAUGUACUUUCCACUUAUUAUGUAUGGGGCAGCGCUUCUAUAUGAAGUUGGUGAUGAUCUUGAUGAAGCAAUGGUUGCGAAUUAUGCAGCAAACCUUGAGAAGGUAUUGUCUGAGCUUCCUUCUCCAGUUACUAGUGGGACUACGGUUACAGUUGAGGAUCUAAAACAAGAACUUACUUGCAAUAUCAAUAUCAAGCACAGAGAGGAAUUUGAUGAAGAAAAGGAACCUGAUGGAAUGCUUCUCUCUGGAUGGACUCAAGCUUCUUCAGUUGAAAAGGAUGAUAAUAAGUCUAAUGGCAAUGGUGGGAGCACAUCAAAUGCUUCACAGGCGCUGCCGGUGGAGGCUGAAGAUAAUGUUGAGAUGGAUGUUCCUUCUGGGAAGAAAAGAAGACUAUCUGAGAUUUCUGAUCAAGACCUUUUGAGUGUUACUGAUGAAACUAAAAAUCAUGAGAAAUUGGAAGUGGUUGAUGAUGAUGAUGAUCUUAUGAUGCUUGACGGAGAUCCAGGCCUCAACAAGAGGAAGAGGAUGCAAUAGUCCUUGCUUGGACUUAAUUAUGGAGGGUGCAACUUACAUCAUAAUUUUGUAUCAAAAUAGGGAGAUAUGGCGAUUCUUUGGUACUCACAAUGGUUGCUUUAGGCCUAAAUAUUUAGUUUUUGUGCUCUGAGUUAGAUAUGGUUAAUUGGCCUCUCCAUUCCCUUGUAUGUUUUACAGUGUAGGGACAAUGUGUAUUCUUCCUAGCUAAAUUAACAGAGUUUAGACUUUAGUGGGACUGUAGCAUUGAUGGGAUUGACCUGACAUGAAUUCAGUGAUUGAUUUAAUGACCAUGAUGUUGCAAGCCA